AUGACCCUCGGAGAAUCGAACAACCAGGCCUCGGUCGCUGGCGAUGAGGAGAACGAGCGUCUAAAACAAUACAAAAAUGUGGCCAAGCACGAAGACAUGCGCCGUCGAAGAACGGAAUGCAGCGUGGAGUUGCGCAAGCAGAAGCGCGACGAAACAAUGAUGAAGCGGCGCAAUCUCGUUGACGAUGAGAGCGACGAUGAGGCCUCGGAGGCACCUGAGGCGGGUGCGCUCAAGGAUGAUCAGAAGACUGCUCGUGCUCUCCUGUCGUUCGAAGAAGUGAUCAAGAUUCUGACCAACAACCCGAGCCUCGAAGAUAUGCGGCGCUGCUUCGAAAGUGUUCGGCGCUCGCUGUCAAAGAGCAAGGACCCACCAAUCGACUCUACGAUCGAGUCCGGCCUCCUACAAGCCCUCGUUCAAGCGCUCGCUGUCGAGGAUGACAAGAUUCGCUUCGAAGCGGCAUGGGCCCUCACGAACAUCGUCUCUGGCACCAGUCGCCAAACUUACGCUGCUGUCCAAGCAGGCGCUACCCGCCCUCUGGUGGAGUUGAUGCUGUCGCCGAACCUGGCCCUCUCCGAACAGUGCCUGUGGGCCGUUGCCAACAUCAUUGGAGACAGUGCGCAGCUCCGUGAUCAAGUCAUUGAUAGCCGCGGUGCCGAAGUCCUCGUCCAUCUCGUGCAGAACAUCGCCGAUAUGGACGUCUCAUUCGUGCGCACGCUGGCCUGGGCCUUCUCCAACAUGUGUCGCCACAAGACGCCCAACGCACCGCUUCCCAUUCUGCGCGAGCUGGCCCAGGGACUGCGCAUUCUGCUCACGCAUGAUGACAAGACUGUUCGCCAGGACUCUUGCUGGGCGGCGAGCUACCUGACCGACGGACCUGAUGAGCAAAUCCAGAUCGCCGUGGAAGCUGGUUUGCCGUCGCUCGUCAAGGGGAUGCUCAGUGACAACGAUGGUGUACUUGCCCCGGCGCUGCGUGUUCUUGGCAACAUGGCCACUGGCAACGAUCAGCUGACCCAGUACGUUGUGGACCUUGGUGUCUUGGAUCUGCUGCCACGUCUUGUCGAGCGCACCAAGUCGACGACCAUUGUCAAAGAAUGCUGCUGGCUUAUCUCCAACAUCAUUGCUGGCACUCAAGCCCAGAUCCAAGCUGUCAUCGAUGCGAACCUGCUGCCUCUAGUCGUGCAAGUAAUGGCCACAGGCGAUUUCAAGUGUCAGCUCGAAUCGUCGUGGGUGAUUUCCAACUUGGCCCAGGGUGGCUCCUCGGAGCAGAUUAUGCAGCUCUGGCAAGUCGAGGCGAUCGCACCGCUUUGUGGGCUUCUCAAGCAGACCAAUGUCGAAAUGAUCGCUAAUGUGCUCGACUCGCUGUAUGCCCUGCUCACCACGGUUAGCACUUGUUACCCCCAGCGUCUCGACAUGGUUCGGGAAUCCAUCGAAGAAAACUCGGGCCUUGACCACCUGGAGGGAUUGCAAGAACAUGAAAGCGAGCGGAUCUACCAGGGCGCCUACAAGAUUAUCCAAGAGUUCUUCAGCGAAGACGAAGACGACAACGUCGAGUUCGACGCCAACGACGAGAAUCAGCCUGUCUACAAUUUC